GAUGGAUCCCAAUUCUGGAGCUCAAUAUGAUUUUAUUAAUCUGGCUGCGCUUUUGUUAAGUCAAUAGCAGCAUGUCAAGACCAUAUUAUCCUUGACAUUCCUGUCCCGGUGCUGUGCUCUUAAUGUCUAUAAUCCAGAGUUCAGUAUAAUCUGUUGAAGCUCUAGGAACAUAUGGCUAGAUGGGAUGAGAUUUUGUCUCUUCCUGUUCAAAAUCCUCCAACUUCAGAAUUUUCUUCUGUUGAUAUCGUUUGGUCCAAGAUAGAAGGUUGGCGUGACAAUAUAGAUAGAUUGGCUCUGAUCCCUUUUGAUAGAGUGGCUGAUUUUGUGAAGGGUGAGUCCUCAAAUAAAGAUUGUCCAACAAGAUUUCAUGUUGAAGCAAGACGACGGCGAGUUCUUGAGACGUCUUACAAGCCAAAGGUCGAUGGCAUCCUUGAGUAUAUUCUGUAUUGGUGCUCCUUUGGCCCCGAUGAUCAUAGGAAGGGUGGUAUUGUACGGCCCAGCAGGAAUACAUAUAUCCCAAAGAAGAAAAAUGCUGGCCGACCAAAUACUAAGAGGGGUUGCACCUGUCACUUUAUUGUAAAGCGCUUAAUUGCUGAACCAUCAGUAGCAUUGAUAAUAUAUAAUCAGGACAAACAUGUUGAUAAGAAAGGAUUGCCAUGCCAUGGGCCACAGGACAAGAAGGCCGCUGGAACACGUGCCAUGUUUGCACCAUAUAUCUCAGAGGAUCUCCGUCUUCGAGUGUUGUCUUUAUUAUAUGUUGGGGUCUCUGUGGAGACGAUAAUGCAGCGGCACAAUGAAUCAGUAGAGAGACAGGGUGGCCCAUGUAAUCGUGAUGACCUUUUGACCCACAGAUAUGUCCGAAGACAAGAGAGGAGCAUCAGACGUUCUACAUAUGAACUUGAUGAGGAUGAUGCCGUCAGCAUCAGCAUGUGGGUUGAGAGCCAUCAAAAUCAAGUUUUCUUCUUUGAAGAUUUCUCUGAAUCAGAUCCUUUCACCUUGGGCAUCCAAACAGAAUGGCAGUUGCAACAAAUGAUUCAAUUUGGCAAUCGCAGCCUUAUGGCUUCUGAUUCAAGGUUUGGAACAAACAAAUUGAAGUAUCCUGUUCACAGUCUGAUCGUGUUUAACUCAGAUAACAAAGCCAUUCCUGUAGCUUGGAUAAUAGCACCAAGUUUUGCCACUGUAGAUGCUCAUAAAUGGAUGAGAGCCCUCUACAAUAGAGUUCGUACUAAAGAUCCUUCUUGGAAAUUGGCUGGUUUUAUAGUGGAUGAUCCUUCAGCUGAUGUUCUAACAAUCAGGGAUGUUUUUCAGUGCUCUGUCUUGGUUAGCUUUUGGCGUGUUCGGCAUGCAUGGCAUAAGAACUUAGUGAAGAGGUGUUGUGAAACUGAGAUGCGGAUUGAGAUGGCUAGACGGCUAGGGCAGGCAGUAGAUGACAUCUGUAGAGGACAUGGGACAACUAUUGUAUUUGAGGAUUUCAUGGAAGAUUUUGUGGAUGGCUCAGAUUUCAUGGACUAUUUCAAGGCCGUCUGGUAUCCAAGAAUAGGGGCUUGGACCACUGCAUUACAGACUUCUCCUCUGGCUGGCUUGGAAACAUGUGCAGCAAUGGAGUUUUACCACAAUCAAUUGAAGCGCCGAUUAUUGAAUGAGAAAGACCCUGGUGUUUAUCAUCGUGCUGAUUGGUUGGUAGAUAAGUUGGGCACAAAAGUACAUUCCUACUUCUGGCUUGAUGAGUACUCAGGGAAGGAUGAUUUUUCCAGGUACUGGAAAGAUGAGUGGGUGAGUGGUUUAACAUCUUGGUGGAAAGCAUUGAAGAUUCCAGAUUUUAAUGUUAAACUUGUUGGUAAAUGUGCAAAAGUUACGGAUCAGCUUGAUCAUGAUAGAACUUAUGUUGUCUGGAACCCUGGUUCACAGUUCGGCAUUUGUGACUGCAAUUGGGCAGAAAAGGGCAAUCUAUGUGAGCAUGUUUUCAAGGUUAUUAGAUUCUUUCAUGAGAAAGGAUAUAUUCAGCCAUCUGCCAGCUUUUUUCAAUAUAAGAAAGCUUUGAUUGAGACAUUGCACCACCCACCCUAUGAUUCCUUGAUUCGUGAUCAUAAGCAUUGCCAAAUGGCUCAUCCAUGCCAAGCUGCAGUGACAAUCAACCGUCUAUUGAAGUUGCAGGUGAAGAAGCUCGGUCCUAUGGGAAGCCAUUUUCCGGUGAGCCUGUUUGCUACUGUCGAUAGAGUAUUUUCAGAAGAGACUGCUGAUGUCUCUAUAUCUAGAAUGUCUGACGACCAUCAAAAUAGUACGAUUGAAGGAAUGGUUACCGGUGCAUUCACUGACACUUUCUUGGCAAGAACAGGAUCGGACAAGCACCAUACUGAUGAUUGUGCUGCAGCUAGUGAUGGCUAA